AUUUAUGUGAAAUGGUUUGAUACAGUAAUGUUUUACUAUGUUAUUUUAGUGAAUUUAGUGAAUGUCACUUUUUGUCAUUUUCAAAUUUCCCGCCAGUUCCGUCCCCCCGACGUCGCAGGGGAUGGAACCCAGAAGACAGAUGCCGGCAUCCGCCGGAGAACAUUGCCGAGGACACUGCAGGAGAGACAUCGCGGGAGCGCAGGACAAGGUAAGAGAAGAACAGAUCCUGGAGCAGCGCCACAUGGUAAGCCCGAGUGUAGCUCGGGGUUACUGCUUUUGCUACACUCGGGAAUACCGCCAGGGAGGCUA